UGGGGGCAGAACACGCCCUCACGCUCGCUCUCUCACGCGCCUGUGAUUCGCAGACAUGAGGAGCACCUCCGCCUGCUGCGCUCCGGCCUCUCCUCUCUGACAUGGGAUGAUCACGGACGGAUAAUGUCGACGACGCUGGCGGGGAUCCUCGUCCUGGGCCUGGUGUUCCUGUCCCUCCCGGUGUCAGCGGAGCCGGUGGACGUCAGGUGCGAGAGCGUGUACAGAGACUUCUCCGACUGCGUGCUGGUGCUGGGCAAGAGCAUGGACAACUACCAGGAGAACGUCACCAGCGAGAGAGGAGUGGAAGCUGUGUGCAGCCACUGGGAGGCCUUCCACACCUGCGCGCUCAACGCGCUCUCCGACUGCCAGCAGGAGGUCAGCAGCAUCUGGGAGACGCUGCGCCAGGACUCCCGCCAGAUGCGCUUCCAGGGGAGUCUCUUCGACCUGUGCAGCCCCAGCUCCUCGCCCGGCGCCGGCGCCAGCGCCGCCACUGCCGUCCUGCUGCCGCUCGCGGCGACGCUGGCCACGAUGCGGGCCCCGUGGCUCUGGGUGUAGGAGGCGAGGGCGGCGUCACACGAGCCAAGGACUUCAGCCACGACACGCUCGACCCCUCCACAGCGGCAAUAACACGUGAAGAUAAUCAGACUCGUCGCUCGCAGCAUUAGCAUGUUAGCUUCCUGCAUGACUCGACCUGCUGACCCCUGCUCCACAGUCACGUCCUCCUCUCUUCCUCUGGCGCCACCGUCAGCGGGCCGCGACCUUGUGUGGCUGACAAUCAAACCUCCAGGAAAGCACAGUGACAUCUAGUGCUGGAAUCUGAAGCACAACGUUGACCCCCGCACAGCAAUAAGCACAGAGGACGUGGGGACGCUGGGGUCCCACACCAGGUGAGGCCCGCAGCUGCCUCACCUCCUGGGACUCCCUGAUGCUCUGAUGUGCUCGGCGGUGAAACUGGCCUUCGUGAAACACUGGCCUCAUUUGCAGAGCUCAGUAGGUGGCGCUCUCCGUCGGCCUCAUCCAAGUGGCUCUGGAGAGUAGAGAAAAGAGUGCCCUCUAGUGGGCGGUGAAGAGGAACUCCCGUUUGGUUACUUGCUUCUAUUUUUUUUUUUACGUACAUUUCAGUUAUGGUUCAGUUGCUUCUGAGUUGCCGUGGGGCUAGAAUGGGGCCAGCUUACAUUGGCACUGAAAAAAAAAUUAAGGAGGAAUUUAAAAAAUAUAUUGGCUGAAAAAUGAAUAUAGGAAUUGAAAAAAAAAUAUUGACAUUGAAAAAAAAAUGGCUGAAAAAAAGAAUUUAGGAAUUAAAAAAAAUAUUGGCUGAAAAUGGAAUAUAGAUAUUGAAAAAAAAUAUUGGCUGUAACAUUUUUGUAUUGAAGUAGAAAACUAGAAUGUACAAAAAUGAAUAUAUCUAUGUAUUUAUUUUUUCAGCUAAUAUUCUUGUUUUUUUCAAUACCGAUGUGAGCUGGCCCCAUCAGUUUCUACCUUGACCUUUGACCGUUACCCCGGAGGUCACACAUGAGUUUCUGCUGACCAUCGUUUCAUGUCGCGCCAGAACCUUUUCGACGUGCUGUUUGAACAAUGGCCCAGAACCUGGUGAUGUGUGAGAGUCAGAGUCCAGCUGGAUCUGCUGCGGAGGCGUCAGAAUCCCAAGAAUCUGACUGGUUCUGCAGUGUGUGUGUGUGUGUAUGACCUUGUACAGCUAUACUCGCGGGACCACUUCUUGACACAACACCUCCUUGUGGGGACCAUUGGGCCGGUCCUGACAAGGUUCAUCAGGUGAACCCGAGGGUGUAAACUUCAAGGUGAGCCCUGUGUUCAGGGGGAGAGGCCGGGGAAAGGGCGAUGGCCAGGAGAGGUCCCCACAAGGACAGUGUUUGACAUCCCUGCCCUGCGCUGCUGUGAUCGGACGACAGGAGUGCAGCAGGACACGUGAAGAAUCGCUGUGACUCCGUUAUGUUUGAGUUUGAGUGGAGGAGCGCAAGUGCACUGGAUCGCAGCUUCUCUUGUGUGAAACACCAGAAGUCACUGCUACUCUCAGGCGUGUGACGAAGCCUGGCCUCCGCUUUAGCCACGCCCACGCCGCUGCCCGCUCCCCCCCCCCUGCACGCUUUUCUCUGAGGCUCGGUCAGCUGUGCGUCUUCCUCCCGCCCCCCCCCUGCAUGAAGCUCCCCCUCCAGCAGCAUGAAGCCAGAAGAUCCCUGCAGCCCAGGAACGCAUGAUUUGUCAUGGAGCAGGUCUUUGAAUGUAGAGUCAAGUGUUUAUUCUUGUAACCGCUGAAUGAGCAGCACAUCGCCCGAGAGGCUUGUAGGGUUUGUAAUAAAGCACCAGCACCAAGG